AUGCUCCUACUAUUCCUAACCUAAUUAUCAUAUGCUCAACAUAUUAUUUUUUAAGAUGAUUUUUCAGAUGGCUCUAUUAAUAAAACAAUUUGGGAAAAUAAUAAUGUGUCUAAAAUUGUCCCUUGUCCUGGUACAAUCAAUGACUAUUGUGUUAAUAUCAUAAAGAAGAGUUCUGGAAGUGGACUUAACUCAAUUCCUUUUUAAAUUGAAAUGGAAUAAAAUGUUACAAUAGAAUUUAAAUAUUUAACAAAAUCCACCGAAAAUAGAGGAUCUUAUUCUGGAUUAUUUGUUGGUUAUACUAAUGAAAUGAAAAGUGGAUAUUGUUGGUUUGCUUCAGGGUAUAAGUAUGGUGGAGACUUUUUUAAUUAAACAACAGAUAACAAUAAUCCAGUAUACUUAUGUCCAAAAGAUUAAUCUGUUUAGAUACAAGAUCUUCUUAAUGAUUGGAAAACAGUAAUUUUAAUAUGUAUAUUUUUAGAUUAGAUAUAGUGUUCCAUCAUCUACAUUAAUAGGUAAAAAUUAAACUUAAAUGUCUUUAAUAUUUUAAGAUUUCAUAAAUGAUAAUAAAGAUGAGGAAGGAGCAUAUUAUAUUACUAAAAUAGUUGUGUAUUAUAAUAAUAAUUGCACAGCCAAAUGUGAUAAAUGCACAUCUUUUUAUGAUUGCACAAAUUGUUCUAAUCCUUACAGAUGGCUUGACGGUAAAUGUUAUAAAGAAGAUUGUGGAUAGAGUUUAGAAAAGUCUAUCCCUUAUGAAAAAGAUUCCUUGGUAGAGAGUAUGACUGCAACUACUUAUUUAGCUACAAUUAAUAUACCAGGUUAUGAUUUUCAAGGAUGUUGGCCAGCUUAAUGGGUAACCUUAGAUAUGGAUGACAGAAAAUUUACAGAAUUAGAUUUCUAAUAUGAGUCAGCAUCAACUGCUAAAUUAAUCUUAGAUUAAUAAAAUAUUAAAAAUGCUAACUGCAAUUAAAGUUAAAAUUCCAAUAUUUAUACAUGCUCUUUCUAUUUUAAUAUUUAUUAUAAUGAGCAGAUUAUGUAUGAAAAAUAAUGGAUUGCUACUAUUGAUUAUUCAAAUUCAAGUAUUACAAGUUUGUAAGAACCUCCUAAAAUUAUUAAUCCACCUGCAUUGGCUAUUUCUAUAGAAUCUUAAAUUGAUUAUUGUGAAAAUGCAAAUGAUUGUUAAUGGACAACAGAUAAAAUAACUUUAGUUCUUAAUUAAAGAUUUAAAGUGAGGUUGACAAUUUUAAAUGAAAAUCUUAAAAAUUGGAAAUUAGAAAAAGGUUAUGUAAAAUUAUAAGGAAAAGGAACUCUAGUAGAAUUACCUAUUUUGGAGACUGUUGUAGGUGAAGGUUAAAUAAUAUACACUGUAAAAUUAGCUAUUAAAGGAGAAUAGAAUAAUGGUUUUGCUGUAACAGCUAAAAUCAUAAAUCCAAAUGUAGCUAAUCAUAGAAGGAGAAGAUUUCUUGAUGAAGGCACUAUUCCUAGAUUAGCAGUGGGCAAUUUAAGUGGUAGUAAAAUAAUUUUCAGAUCCAGAGAAGUAAUCAUUGAAGAUAAUCCUGAGUUUUCUUAAUUAAUAUUAAUAUCAUUAUUACUUUUUGCAAUAUUUGGAUUUUGA